AUGGAGUGCCAUGUCGUGGCUUUCGGCUGCAAUGACGACGGACAGCUGGGCACGGGCGCCAAGCGCCGACAGACUCUGGCCAUCGACGACGUCUCGGCUUCCAACUUUCCCCAGCAACUCGACAGUUUACGCGCUGAGGACAUCGCUGCCGUCUCUUGCGGCUCUCGUCAUACGAUGGCGCUUACUGCCAAUGGGGCCGUGUACUCGUGGGGAUGGGGAUCGAUGGGCCAAUUGGGCCACGGAGACCUCAAGUGCAUGAACGUGCCCCGGAAAAUCGUCUUUUUCGAGGAAAACCGCCUCGUGGUUAAUUACAUCUCCUGUGGAGGUUGCCAUUCUGCUGCAGUGACCACUGAUGGUACGCUGUACAUGUGGGGCGAGACGCACUGGGGUCAGCUGGGUCUGCCAAAAGAGUCCGACGCGUUGCAUGAGUCACUGCCAGUCAAGUGCUCUCUGCCAGAGAGUGAAGAUGGUGAGCACGUUGUGCAAGUCAGUUGUGGAGGAACGCAUACGGCUGCACUGACCAACCUGGGACGUGUGUUCGUUUGGGGACGAGGGGACAGCGGUCAGCUGGGUAUUGGUUCAGCGUGGCUGAACGAUGCAGACGAUGACGGUCUCAUGGGGGUUAGCCGUCCGCAUUUGCUGGACGGAUUCAAUCGUGAGAAGGUCACACAGGUCACAUGUGGGGCGUUCUACUCGGCUGCUUUGACUGAACAGGGACACGUUUAUAUUUGGGGAAAAGAGGACUACGGCAUGCUUGGUAUUGGACAGACUUCUGACCAGCAGACACCGAAGCGCGUCGAGUUUUUCGACAACAUUCCAGCACUGCAAGUAUCUUGCGGCGGCUGGCACACAGUGGUGGUGGCGAAGUCAGGAGACUGCUACGCCUUCGGACGAGGUGAAUACGGUCGCCUGGGUCUCGGUGACGCAAAGAGUCGAUUGCAGCCCCAUUUGGUGAAGGCCCUUCAAGGCACAAAAGUGAUUCAGGCUGCGUGCGGUGGCUCACACACCUUAUUCGUUACGAGUGACGGCAACAUCUACGUUGCUGGACGAGCUGACCAUGGCCGACUCGGCUUGACAGACAUGAAAGCGAUGUCGGUUCCCACACAGCUAGAGCUUGGUCCGAUUCCUGUCGUCCAAGUAUCUGCCGGAGGUGCACACUCUGUCGCUGUGAUGCACAGCUCGUGA